AUGACUCAUAAAAUACUUAUGUUUCUUCAAAAGUUGUCUUCGUCAGAGAAGCUUCAAUUACCAAAGGAGCCGUUAGACGAAAGCUGUCUUCCUUGUCCGAUUGCCUCAAAUAUAUCCCUGCAACAAUACAAUUCUUUCGUUGAAAGCAAAGAGAUAAGCGGAUACAAGCUUGAUUAUAAAAAGGGCACCGUAUAUAUGGUUGAAAUGUGUUCGACUGAACAUGAAGCAGUUGUUGAGAUUAUUGGAGACGCCUUCCGUGAUCUAUGUCCUCGUGCCGCUUAUGGCAGCCGAAAUAAUGCUCCAAUACAAAUUCUUGGGCAGCCACUUCAUGACGCGCCAGAUGGAACUCGCAGAGCACCAGAUCUUGCUGUUUAUCCACAUCCUACUUUCGUUCCGGACCCUCCCGUCCCGCACCCUGGUCCUCCGCCCGGCGACAGAAGGGGAAACCCUUAUGCGAGAGUAAUGCUUGAAGUAGCUGUGACCCAAAGUUACUCUGACCUGAAGGACAAGUGUAGGCUUUGGAAACGACAGUCGUACGUACGAUCCGUACUAGGUAUAAAACUCUACAAUGCAUUGGCUACACGCGACGCAGCAGGACGCAGAGAGCGGGCUAUGAAGUGGCAUUUUGGGACUGUAGAUAAAAACGGUAAUCAUUUUCCUCCUGACACAAAUGUCUGUAAUACUGCGAACGACCCAAACUACAUCAUUAAUAUCCCGGUUAGCGACAUAUUUUAUGAUCCACCAGUUCCUGCAACUGGAUAUACACCUUUAACUGGUCCUCCUCUAGCAUUGUAUAAUGCUAUUAUUGCAAUUGAUCUAUACGAAGUUCAGCAGGCGGUUUUAAUGAAACAGGAAAAGUAA